CGCCUUUAGAGGGUGUGCCCAUGCACUCGUCUCGCCCCCUGGUUUUUGUCAGCAUCUUUUGUAGUCCCGCCCCCUUGUCUGGUGCUCGGGGCUGGGGGGUCUGCAUUUCCUCUCACUCCCCGUCGCUCCGCCCCCUUGGCGCGGAGACCUUCUCCUCCCGGCCUCCCUCGGGCGGUCGCUCCUGUCUCCUCCAGUCUCAGCCUCCCUCCAACUCGCCCAGCCUGGAGUCCUCGUCCCCUUGUGGCCCCACCCCUCGCUCGGGCUCGCUGCGCUCCUCCGACCGCCAGGGCGCGCUGCAUCCCCCCUCGUGUCACGCCAGCCGGGGGACGCUGCUGCGGUGGCGGCCGUGGCUGUGGACCGGGAGACGAGACCAGCGGCUCCCAGAGCCAGAAGCCGAGCUGUUAUCUCCGUCUCCUCCAGCGCGACCCUCUGCCGCUAUGGCCGUAAAGGACCCCACGGCGGUGGAGAGAGCCAACCUGCUGAACAUGGCCAAGCUGAGCAUCAAAGGGCUCAUCGAGUCGGCCCUGAGCUUCGGCCGCACCUUGGACUCGGACUACCCUCCCCUGCAGCAGUUCUUCGUAGUCAUGGAGCACUGCCUGAAGCACGGCCUGAAAGUAAGAAAAUCUUUUCUGAGUUACAACAAAACAAUCUGGGGGCCCUUGGAGCUGGUGGAGAAACUGUACCCAGAAGCAGAGGAGAUAGCAGCUAGUGUCAGAGAUUUGCCUGGCCUUAAGACCCCCCUGGGUCGUGCCAGAGCAUGGUUAAGAUUGGCCCUCAUGCAAAAGAAAAUGGCUGAUUAUUUGCGCUGUUUAAUAAUUCAAAGGGAUCUCCUAAGUGAAUUCUAUGAAUAUCAUGCUCUAAUGAUGGAAGAAGAAGGAGCAGUUAUCGUUGGGCUUCUGGUAGGCCUGAAUGUGAUUGAUGCUAAUCUGUGUGUAAAGGGAGAAGACUUGGACUCACAAGUUGGGGUAAUUGAUUUUUCUAUGUAUUUAAAGAAUGAAGAGGAUAUUGGAAGUAAAGAAAGGAAUGUUCAAAUCGCUGCCAUUUUGGACCAAAAGAAUUAUGUUGAAGAAUUAAAUAGGCAACUGAAUAGCACAGUCAGCAGCCUUCAUUCAAGAGUCGAUUCAUUAGAAAAGUCAAACACUAGACUGAUUGAAGAGUUAGCAAUAGCAAAGAACAAUAUCAUUAAACUUCAAGAAGAGAACCAUCAGUUACGAAGUGAAAACAAACUGAUCUUAAUGAAAACGCAACAACACUUAGAGGUGACCAAAGUGGACGUGGAGACCGAGCUGCAGACGUACAAGCAGUCUCGCCAGGGGCUGGAUGAAAUGUACAACGAGGCGCGCAGGCAGCUCCGAGAGGAGGCUCAGCUGCGGCAGGAUGUGGAGAAUGAGCUCAUGGUGCAAGUGAGCAUGAAACACGAGAUUGAGCUCGCCAUGAAGCUGCUGGAGAAGGACAUCCAUGAGAAGCAAGACACGCUGAUAGGCCUUCGCCAGCAGCUGGAGGACGUGAAAGCCAUCAACAUCGAGAUGUACCAGAAGCUGCAGGGCUCUGAAGAGGGGAUGAAAGAAAAGAAUGAAAUAAUUGGUCGGCUGGAGGAUAAGACCAAUAAGAUCACCGCCGCCAUGAAGCAGCUGGAGCAAAGAUUGCAGCAAGCAGAGAAGGCUCAAAUGGAAGCCAAGAAUGAGGAUGAGAAAUUUGAACAAGAGUGUCUGAGUCAGUCUGACAGCCUACAGAAACAAAUAUGCCAAAAGGAGACACAACUGGCUCAGUUGGAAACCGAUUUGAAGAUUGAGAAGGAGUGGAGGCAGACGCUGCAGGAGGACCUCCAGAGGGAGAGCGAGGCCCUGUGCCAGCUGAGAAGCGAGACGCGACACAUCACGAGCCUGAAAAAAGAAUUCCUGAGCCUCCAGAAUGAAAAUCGGCAGCUGAAAAGAGUCUCUCGGGACCAGGAACAGGCCCUUCAGGAGCUCGGCAACAAGCUCAGCGAAUCGAAACUUAAAAUAGAAGAUAUAAAAGAGGCCAACAAAGCUUUGCAGGGUCAGGUUUGGCUGAAAGACGAAGACGCGACGCACUGCAAGUUGUGUGAAAAGGAAUUCUCGCUUUCUAAGAGAAAGCACCACUGUCGGAACUGCGGAGAGAUCUUCUGCAACGCCUGCUCCGACAAUGAGCUGCCUUUGCCCUCGUCCCCCAAGCCCGUGCGCGUGUGCGAUUCGUGCCACGCGCUGCUCAUUCAGCGCUGCUCGUCCACCGGGCCCUGAGACGCCUGCCGGGCGCCCGACUCCGGCCUCCGGACGGCCUGGCCUGCCCGCGUCUGCUUCGCCCCGCCGCGGGGUGCCCGUCACGUCAGAGGAAAAGGCCUUGGGCCAGGCCCGCAGCCCGCAGGCCUCCCCUGGACGAGGCACUUUUCUUCUGUUACAGUAAGUGGAAAAAACCCGACCUCACGGCUGGUGAACUUUAGGGUCACCCAUUUACAGCCACCAACACGGAGGCCUUUGCAAGGCCCCUCCAGCGAGACGUUUGCCUUAUCUCAGAGCUGCUUCUCUUCCGCCUGCUCGAGAGCUGCCGCUUUGGCCGGUGCCUGCGAUCCUUUCUAAAAGCACUUUAUAAGCUUCCUCGUCCUCAAAUUCUGCGCGCGGCGCGUGUUGCUGUGACACACGCUGGCUGUGAACCGUGAAAGAGCACGUGGGCUAUUUAUCAGCAUUGACGGCCAACACGAUGUUCCUCCCGAACCCAUUUUGUUUAGGAAGUCAAAUGUUCUCCUUUUUACCUCCCUCCCUCAGCAAGCCAAAGUGCCAGGGCGGCAGCUUCUUGCCUUUGGCUGGCCCUUCACGACCACCUUUGCAUAGGAACAUAAGAAAGUUAAACUCAGAGGCAUCAUCACAAGGGAACUUGGAGGGGAAAUCUGGAUUCCGCCUCAUUUUGCCCCGGAUGACUGACAGAUUGCCCAGAUGGACGAGGACUCAAAACUCCUCUAGGGUUCUCCCGAGUGCCGUUUCUCCUCCCCUGUUGGGUGUCCAGGAGAUUAAUCCUAAAAAUGUAUCAGCGGCGUUACACGAAAUACACUUUAGGGAUUUUAAUGUCAGGGCCACGACUGUAAUCAUCGAGUACGAAGCAAAACGAUGAUCAUGGAGCUUCGGCUUGAACCACUUCAGGUCGACAUACUUCGAAUUGGAAAUUGAGUCUACACGACUCCAUUUGGACUUUAAACAGACAAGAGUAACAUUCAGGGUAGAAUCAUUUCAGUGAUUGCAUUUGAGACAAAUGAAUCAAGGCUCUAUUUUCAGUGUUGAUUUUCAAGUAACUUGAAUGAUAAAAUUGUGUAAGAAAUGGCAGUUUUCUAGUUCAACCAUCUUUUUCUUAUGUGCAUAGAACACUUCUCCAAAACUUCAUUGUGCAUUCCAGACUUAAUUAUCGCUUAAUCCUAUAAAAAGUCCUAAAAAUGGACUUAAAAUAGUGCUGAGCACUUUACAUUGGCCAAUUGCUACGUCACAUUAAAUUUACUUUUUUACAUUACUGGGAAUGCUAUAGAGAAAUCAAUAUCAUGAACUGGAAGGACCAAUUCCAUUUGAAAGUUCAGAAGACAAGGAGUUUUCUUGUCCUGAAAUGGCAGCUGGGGAGCUGCUCACAUACCAUGAAAAAAGUCCCACAUCUAGACCAGUCCCAAAGGGCAUUUUUAAUGAAGUUAUUUGUGCUUUGAGAAGCUUAGUAACAUCUCAAAAUGCUACUUUCAGGUUCAGGAAGUGAACCUUGGAUGGUUUAGUUAUGGCUGUCACACACUUCUCGACAUCCUGUAAUUUGCCAUACUUUGACAAGUAUUUUGGUACUUUAAAAUUGCUCAAAUAUUCACCUAUUCAUAUUUCUGUACCAAGGUUCGUAAAUGAGACAGCCAAUUCUUAGCUCAUUAUUGCAUGUAUCAUUCCAACCCAGUUAUACGUUUGGUUCCGUGUAUACAUUUGUAGUGCUUUAAAGAUAUUCUCCCUCGAUGUGAAAUGAACAAAAUUAUAUAUUUUAAAUUGUUUAGCCUUCCCUCAAAAAUUAGUCAUUGCAAUGGCAAAUCAACACUACAAAUGUCAUAACUCAUGCUAUCACAAAGACAAGUAAUCUUUGAAUCUGCAAUUGUUCUAACUUUAUAGUUUUUUAUGUGAUUUUUUUGGGUAAAUGUAAAUAAAGAUAAUGCAUAGA